AUGCUCCAAGCGCUGUACUACAACACGGGCCGCUACCAGGAGGCCCUGCAGGUGUACAGAGAGGCUGUCACCCUGCAGCCGGACAGCACUGAGAUCUGGCUGGCUUUGGUUUUUAUCAUGGCUGGCCAAUCCAAAGAGGCAGAAAAGAUGACCCAGGACAUCAUAUCCAGAGAAAGCAGCUGCAUCGAAUGUUACCGCCUCCUCUCUGCCAUCUACAGCAAGAGCGGCAACUACACGGAGGUGUGUGAGCACAUGUUUGCUUCACUCAAAGGAAAAUGCGAUGCGCAGAAAGUUUUUACUUGUCAGUUACCGCGGAAACAUGUAGCUCCACCUCUCACCAGCAGCCUUUUUGAUCAUCUGUUCUUACAUCACCUCAGACACAAAAACCCGUCUCCUACAAUGGAAACUACAAAUCCGCAUGUCGUCAUGCACACGGCAAGAAAACCCCUAGAGAAAAAAAAGAAUCCAGGACAAGAGAGAGACGGACCUGGUUUCAGCUGGACAGACCUGAAACCAGGGUUUUCUCUAAAAUCUCUUUGUCAGGAAGUCAAUAAGAGCGUCCUGUGCAGGAGAGCUAUUUUCAAGACCAGUCCGAUCGCCUGCAAACAGAUCCCCUCCAGCUGCUGGGCAGAGAUCUUCACAAGGGUCCUUCAGAGCGAGGAGUACGAGGAGAACGAGGACAAGACCGUCAUGGCUCUAGGCAUCCUCAGCACUAUAGACACCAUCCUUACCGUCAUGGAGGAUCACAAGGAGAUCACCCAGCAGCUGGAGGGGAUCUGUUUGCAGGCGAUCGGACUGGUCCUGCAGAAGCCCAUCAUAGUGAUCAUCAAGCGACCUGCCAGCGAUUUUCACUGCUCUUUGACAACAGUUCUGUAUCGGCUAAUCUACACCAAAACCAAGUAG